AUGGUGUCGCUACUCCCGCCGCAGUCUGACGCCACGCUGCCCGGCCCCGCCAGACUGGAGGGCGAGCCCCAGGGGGACCUCAUGCAGGCGCCGGGCCUUCCAGGCUCUCCUGCCCCACAGAACAAGCUUGCCGGCUUCAGCUGCUCAUCAUUUGUGCCCGACGGCCCCCCAGAGAGGGCAUCCUCACUGCCCCCACAGAGUCCCAGUGUCGCGUCACCUGGCCCUGAGCAAGUCCACUGCCCAGCCGGCCCUGGCCCGGGCCCCUUCCGGCUCUCACCCUCAGACAAGUUCCCCAGCUUCGGCUUUGAGGAGGGCCCAGCAAGCAGCCCUGGGCGCUUCCUCAAGGGCGGCCAUGGGCCUUUCCACCCAUACAAGCGGCAUUUCCAUGAAGACGUCUUCCCUGAGGCCCAGACCGCCCUGGCCCUCGAUGGACACUCCUUUAAGACCCCGGGGGCACUGGAGACCUUCGAGGAGAUCCCCGUGGAUGUGGGGGAGGCUGAGGCCUUCCUGCCUGGCUUCUCGGCAGAGGCCUGGUGCAACGGACUUCCCUACCCCAGCCAGGAGCACAGCCCCCAAGUCCUGGGAUCAGAAGUCAAGGUCAAGCCCUCAGCUUUGGAGACUGGUCCUGGGAUGUACUGUUACCAGCCCCCCUUGCAGCACAUGUACUGUCCCUCCCAGCCCCCCUUCCACCAGUACUCACCAGGUGGCGGCAGCUACCCCAUACCAUACCUGGGCUCCUCACACUAUCCAUACCAGCGGAUCGCACCCCAGGCCAGCACCGACGGGCACCAGCCUCUCUUCCCAAAACCCAUCUACUCCUACAGCAUCCUCAUCUUCAUGGCCCUUAAGAACAGUAAAACUGGGAGCCUUCCUGUCAGCGAGAUCUACAAUUUCAUGACGGAGCACUUUCCUUACUUCAAGACGGCGCCCGACGGCUGGAAGAAUUCUGUUCGCCACAACCUGUCUCUCAACAAGUGCUUUGAGAAGGUGGAGAACAAAUCAGGAAGUUCCUCUCGCAAGGGCUGUCUGUGGGCCCUCAAUCCGGCCAAAAUCGACAAGAUGCAGGAAGAGCUACAGAAGUGGAAGAGGAAAGACCCUAUUGCUGUCCGCAAGAGCAUGGCCAAGCCAGAAGAGCUGGACAGCCUCAUUGGAGAGAAGAGGGAGAAGCUGGGCCCCCCACUGCUGGGCUGCCCACCCCCCGGGCUGGCAGGCUCAGGCCCCAUCCGGCCCCUGGCACCUCCAGUUGGGCUCUCCCAGCCACUGCAUUCAAUCCACCCAGCCCCAGGCCCCAUUCCUGGCAAGAACCCCCUGCAGGACCUACUUGGAGGACACGUGCCCUCCUGCUACGGGCAGACAUAUUCGCACCUCUCACCGGGCCUGGCCCCUCCUGGACCUCCGCAGCCAUUGUUCCCACAGCCAGAUGGGCACCUUGAGCUGCGGGCCCAGCCAGGCACCCCCCAGGACUCGCCUCUGCCUGCCAACACCCCGCCCAGUCACAGCGCCAAGCUGCUGGCUGAGCCUUCCCCGGCCAGGACCAUGCAUGACACCCUGCUGCCAGACGGAGACCUUGGCACUGACCUGGAUGCCAUCAACCCCUCUCUCACCGACUUUGACUUCCAGGGAAACCUGUGGGAACAGCUGAAGGAUGACAGCUUGGCCCUUGAUCCCUUGGUACUGGUGACCUCGUCCCCGACAUCAUCUUCAAUGCCACCACCUCUGCCACCACCCCAUUGCUUCCCACCUGGGCCCUGUCUGGCAGAGACAGGCAGUGGGAGUGGCGACGUGGCACCACCAGGCGGUGGAGGCUCCGGGGCUUUGGGUGACCUGCACCUCACCACCCUCUACUCGGCCUUCAUGGAGCUGGAGCCCACACCCCCCACGGCCCCCGCUGGCCCCUCUGUGUACCUCAGCCCCAGCUCCAAGCCCAUGGCCCUCGCGUGA